ACACACACACACAGAGUCACCUACAUGCACAAACCAUACUACACUUUAGUCCACUGUGGAAGCGUCACACACUUCUUGGAGGACCUCUCUUUCCUUCAUUCCUUCUCAUGACUCAUUGUGGACUUCUGAAAUAGUUCUCUUCUUCUCGUGUCUCUGGAUAAAACAUCAGCAAGCAGUUAGUGGAGAUGGAAUUGCUUUGACUUGCACUAGCCUGGGGUAACAUUAUGGUUCUGGGCCAAGCUGUCAACAUGAGUUUGAUGGACAUUUCAAAGAUCUUCUCCUUGCUGCAGCCUAAGGAGGAGGAUGAGGACAAUGAACAGUGCCAGGCUUUGAACAAUGCCGUGAGCAGCGACGACGUGACUCUGCUCUCUGAGCUGCUGUCUCAGGAGAGUUACAGGAGGUCUAUCAAUGCUCGGAGCGGGUGGGGGGUCCCGGUAACCCCCCUGCGCACUGCUGCAGCUCUGGGACACCUGAGGUGCUUGGAGUUGCUGUUGGAGCAUGGUGCAGAGAUUGACAGCCUGGAUGUGAAGGCCCAGACUCCUCUGUUCACAGCUGUCAGUGGGAAACAUUUAGACUGUGUGGUCGCCCUGCUGAAGGCCGGAGCCGAUCCCAAUGGCAGCCAGUACAACAACUGCUCCCCGGUGCUGACAGCGACCCGUGAGGGAGACCUGGACAUCCUCCGAGAGCUGCUGCGCUUUGGAGCCGAGCUGGAUGUCAGACCCAAAGUCCCCGAGUGGGCCUCUAAUGCCACAGCCUGCAGAGGGCCUCUUUAUAUCUCCGCUGUGUAUGGACACCUGGGCUGUUUUAAGCUGCUCCUGCUCCAUGGGGCCAACCCAAACUACAACUGCACAGACGAGAAGAUGCUGGCCAGGAUUAAGCAGCCAAAGACGGUUCUGGAAGUGUGUCUGCGGUAUGGGUGCGGCGUGGAGUACAUCCAGCUUCUCAUAGACUUUGGGGCAGAUGUGUAUCUGCCCACACUGAUCAUUGACAAGACUACGAAGCAGAAUGAAGCUUUGGCACUGCUGCUCAAAGAGAGAGUUUGUCCCAAAACACUGAUGUCACAGACUCGGCAAGCAAUACGAAGACACCUCCCCUUUGCCAAAAAGGAGCCCGCCAUUGACAGUCUGGAUAUUCCUGUUAUCCUGAGGAACUACCUGAAGCAUGACACCUCUGAACUCAUAUGAUGCUCAAGCUAGCAUCAGAAAAUAUGGCCAGACUGUUUUUUUUUUUUAACUUAAUUUCUGUACACCAAAGAGUAGGACGAAAUAACUUUCUCUGGCUAAUCUGGAGGUCACUUACCCUGCCAGAGCUGUAAAUUCUUGUUUUAAUAUUUAUACACAAAGGUUGACAUUUUGUGACUUGAAAUUAUGUAUUUAUUAAAUACCUUGGAGGUUGAAAUAUUUGAGCUCAAUGCUGUGUUUUAAUUCUAAUGGUUGUUCUGAAGGGCUCCAUGUUGGAAGAAAAUCUGCCGUGUCCUUGGGAAGUGUAACACCGGGGUCGGCCACUAGAGACCACAGUAACACAGCUUAUAACACCUUCUCCAAACUGGGGCUUGUUAUUUCAAAUUCUGAGCAUCUGUUAAUGCCUCUUGCCUCACCUCUACCUCCCUCUUUGUCACAGGUAACAUUACACAAUCAAAUGUGUUCACACUGCUUCUUUUUUUUUUCAGACAUCCAGACACAUCAGGGGAAACAUACACACAGACACAGACAGAGUGUGUGCUUUGCACCCCACUUUCUUAGAUCUUAGCUGAAAAACAGGCUUACAUCUGUGAACUUUAAGAGCAUAAGCAAGCAGAGUUACCCAGCUACACUUUCAGCACAGCCAACUGGGAGUAAAGAACUGCAUAAGUCUCAUUACUUAUUGAUAACAGUCUUGGUUUUUAGUUUUUUUGCAGGCAGUUGGAAGUUGGUUGAAAAUUGUUUAUGUGACUGUUUUUCUUUUGUAUGCCCUAAUCCUCCCUCCAAAGUACAUCCAAUGCGUCAACUGUCAGGAAUGGGACAUACAAACAGGAAGUGAUGUCACACGACAGGACCCAGCACAAUGCUCCGGCUC